AUGGCUUUGAGAACGGUUCUCGUGGCGCUCUGGCCAUUUUUGCUGUGUUUCGAUUUUGUGUUUACAACAAGUUUCUAUACUGUAAGAAAACUUAGGCAAGCUAGACAAGCUAGGACAUUGACAUAUCUGCCCACUGCACCCACACGUCUACAAUUUAUCGGUGGCAUUGGUAUACCUGUUGAGGAUUUAGCUUAUGAAUCGGUUACUUCUGGUUACGUUUUAAAAGCGGAAUAUUUUCUGCCCGAAAAAGCGGAAGAUUAUACACCAACAUAUCUGAAGCCGCAAUCGGUAAAUAGGCGUAGUUUCGGUGAUAAUGAGUAUGACAAUAGCACAAUUACGCAUGCGCAUGCGCAUGAUGCAAGUAGCAACGCUCUUAAGCAGCAUCAUGCCAAUUUCCAUACUAAUUUGAAGAAUAAACAGAAAACGGCUUCGACAUAUCGUUGGCUCAUUUACCGAGCUAUGGAAAUCUUAAUGGAUAGAGCGGGCCUAGCUGGGCGGGAGUGUAUGCUGCGCAGCAUUUGUGAACACGCUGCGGUACCAUUACAUUAUGACAGUGGAAUUUUGGGAGAGAUAUUGCACAUUAUUUUGACACCUUCUCGCUCUCGCGAUGAGUUUGGCAAUCCCAAUGACGGAGAUUAUGGACGUGCAGAGCGCAUUGGUUGGAGCGGCGGAGACUGUGAAGCGGCUUACACUGCAUGUACCUACGCACCGAUAGAGCUUAUUACAACUAUUUUCGAGCUGAAAGAUUGA